UUGCAAAUAUAUGUUCCUCCACACUGACUUACUCAUUUUCCUUCAACAUGGAAAGACAUCUGCCAUUUUACAUUUGGUUGACACUUAUCCCUGCUCUUGUAACUUCAGAUUUUUUAAUAGAACAACUCAGGAACAUUAAGAAGCGAGACACGAUUGAUGGACAUCCCAAAGGCAUAGAAAUUUACUGGGUGAACAUUGAUUGCAGUGUUACAUCCCGGUUUUCCCGUAAUGUCAUCACUAGCCGAGCUGUCAAUCGUGCUAAUGUGUCCAAGGAAGCCUUCUUUGAUGUGGAACUUCCAAAAACAGCCUUCAUUACCAACUUUACCAUGACAAUUGAUGGUGUCACCUAUCCUGGCACCAUUAAGGAAAAAGAAGUUGCCCAAAAACAGUAUCAACAAGCAGUUUCAAGUGGACAGACUGCUGGUCUUGUGAAGGCUUCUGGAAGAAAAACAGAAAAGUUCAGUGUUUCUGUCAACAUUGCAGCAGCCAGCAAAGUGACUUUUGAGUUGACCUAUGAGGAACUCUUGAAGCGAAGCUUUGGAAAAUAUGAAUUGUUCAUAAAAGUAAACCCCAAACAGCUUGUCAAUAAAUUUGAGAUUGAGGCAAACAUCUUUGAACCUCAAGGUAUCAGUGAUCUUGAAGUAGAAGGAACAUUCCUCACAAAUGAGUUGUUACCAGUUGUGCAAAAGUCCUACUCAGGGAAAAAGGGCCAUGUGUUAUUCAGUCCCACUAUUGAUCAACAACGAACCUGCGACAACUGCACAACCUCUCUGCUGCAAGGAGAUUUUCUCAUAAAAUAUGAUGUGAACAGAGAUUCACCUAGUAACUUACAGGUUGUCAAUGGAUACUUUGUACACUUUUUUGCACCAAAAAAUCUUGCACAUUUGCCAAAGAAUGUUGCCUUUGUAAUAGAUAUCAGUGGCUCCAUGGGUGGACAGAAACUUCAUCAGGCAAAGGAAGCAUUGGUAAAGAUAGUUGAAGAUUUAAGGGAAGAUGAUCACUUCAAUAUCAUACUGUUUGAGAGUUCCAUCUCUAAAUGGAAAGAUGGCUUAAUUAAAGCUACUCCUGAGAAUGUGACUGAAGCAAAGGAAUUCAUUGCAAAAAUUGACGUAGACGGACUAACAAAUCUUAAUGAUGGUUUACUGACUGGAAUUGAGAUGCUGAAUACAGCCCAUGAUUCAAAUUCUGUGCCUCUACGAAGUGCCUCCUUGGUUAUCAUGUUAACAGAUGGUGAACCCAAUGUGGGUGUCUCAGAUAAAAGCAUGAUUCAGGAGAAUGCUAAAAAUGCAAUCCAAGGAAGAUAUCCUUUGUACAAUCUUGGUUUUGGUUAUGGUCUUGAUUAUGCAUUUUUGGAAAGGUUGUCCAAAGAGAAUAAUGGUCUGGCUCGUCGCAUUUAUGAAGACUCUGAUGCAGCCUUACAAUUGCAGGGUUUUUAUGAUGAAGUAGCCAAUCCUUUGCUUACAGAGAUAGCAUUAGAAUACCCAGAAAAUGUCAUCUCUGACCUGACUCAAAAUAAUUUUAAACAUUAUUAUGAUGGCUCUGAAAUUGUUGUGGCUGGACGAAUUACAGACAAUGACCUGAACAGUAUUACUGCAGAGGUGAAAGCUCAUGGGGCACUUGAUGAUCUGACUUUUUCUGAACAAGCAGAUAUUGAGGAAACAGCCAAAGCUCUUGAGGAACAAAAAUACAUAUUUGGAGAUUAUAUUGAAAGACUUUGGGCUUAUCUCACAAUACAGCAACUUCUAGAUAAACGUUCUGUAGCAAAGGGCGAUGAAAAGGAAAACCUUACUGCUGAAGCCUUGGAGAUGUCUCUGAAAUACAAGUUUGUGACGCCUUUGACAUCCAUGGUGGUCACAAAGCCAGAAGACAGUGAAGAUGUUGCUGACAAACCGGUAGAAGCUGAUGCAAAAAGUCAGUCUUUCCCUACGCACUACAGUGCUCCAUCCACUCCUUAUCAUUAUUCUAGUGUUGAUGGAGAUCCACACUUCAUUAUAGCAGUACCUCAAAAAGAAGAUGCCCUUUGUUUCAAUAUUAAUGAAGACCCAGGGGCAAUCUUAAAUUUAAUAAGAGACCCAGUUACAGGUAUUGUAGUCAACGGAGAGCUUAUUGGUGAGAAGAAGAGCAACAAUGAUGUAGGACAACACAAUACAUAUUUUGGAAAACUUGGAAUUGCCAAGAUGCACCAGAAUUUAAGAAUUGAGAUAACCACUGAACAAAUCAUUCUUCAUGAUGGUAUAAAACAGACAACAUUCAGUUGGCUUAAUGAAGUUACCUUGCAACAACCCAGUCUGACUCUGGUAAUCAAACGAAAAAAGAGUGUGGAGGUUUCAAUGGAUAAUGGAGCAAAAUUUGUUAUUAUUCUGCACCAAGUGUGGAAGAAACAUCCACUACACCGGGAUUUCCUGGGAUUUUACACACUGGAUAGUCACAGACUGUCUGAGCAAACCCAUGGAUUGCUAGGGCAAUUUUUUCACCCCAUUGACUUUGAUAUAAUUGAAGUCCAUCCUGGAUCUGACCCAGCGAAACCAGAUGCCACAAUGAUUGUGAAAAAUAACCGGUUGACAGUAACAAGGGGCUGGCAGAAGGAUUACACAGAAGAUGCUCGGCAUGGCAUUGAUGUGCCUUGUUGGUUUAUUCACAACAAUGGAGAAGGUCUUAUUGAUGGUGUGCAUACAGACUACAUUGUUCCCAGCAUAUUUUGAUGUCUGUGAUGAUGAAAAUAUUUUUCCCGAUACAGUAUGUUCACAAUAUCAAUUAUAACCUAGAACAAUUUGUACUGUAUGUUCCUGUCAGCAACUGAAAUACUUUAUGGCCUAUUAUAAUGACCUUUUCCUCAUGAAAAACAGCUGUUUAUCUUACUUUAUUGCAAGACAAUAAAGGCAUACAAAUUUAAUUUCAAGAAUAAACCUGAUAUUUCCCUACCAAUGGA